AUGGUUAUGAGUGUCUGUGGCCCUGCUUGCGUGAGCAUCGGCACAAGUAUCAGCAUUGUGCGAGCAAUGGGUGUUUGUGUGCGCACAUAUGCUGAUGAAUGUACAGAAGGGACAGAUGACUGCCACAUUGAUGCAAUUUGUCAGAACACACCUAAAUCAUUCAAAUGCAUUUGCAAGCCAGGUUAUAAGGGAGAAGGAAAACAGUGUGAAGACAUUGAUGAAUGUGAAAAUGACUUCUACAAUGGAGGCUGUGUACAUGAAUGCAUCAAUAUUCCUGGGAACUACAGGUGUAUGUGUUAUGAUGGCUUCAUGUUGGCUGAAGAUGGACACAAUUGUCUUGAUGUUGAUGAAUGUUUGGAUAACAAUGGUGGCUGCCAACAGAUUUGUGUCAAUACUAUGGGAAGCUAUGAAUGCCAAUGUAAAGAAGGGUUUUUCCUAAGCGAUAAUCAACACACCUGUAUCCAUCGCUCUAAUGAGGGUAUGAACUGCAUGAACAAAGAUCAUGGGUGUGAACAUAUCUGCCGGGAGACACCCAAAGGUGGGGUUGCCUGUGAAUGUAGACCUGGCUUUGAACUUGCCAAAAACCAGAAGGAUUGCAAAUUAACCUGUAACUAUGGAAAUGGAGGCUGCCAACACACGUGUGAUGACACAGAUAGUGGUCCUGUAUGCGGUUGUCAUCAGAAAUAUGCAUUGCAUUCAGAUGGACGAACGUGCAUUGAGAAGGAUGAGGCUGCAAUUGAGAGCUCUGAGUUCAAUGCCACGUCAGUAGCUGAUGUGGACAAGCGGGUGAAACGGCGGCUACUUAUGGAAACAUGUGCUGUUAAUAAUGGAGGUUGUGACCGGACUUGCAAAGACACAGCCACAGGAGUACGCUGCAGUUGCCCAGUUGGAUUUACCUUGCAGCCCGAUGGGAAAACAUGCAAAGAUAUAGAUGAAUGUCUGGUGAACAAUGGUGGCUGUGACCACUUCUGCAGAAACACAGUGGGAAGCUUUGAAUGCAGCUGCCAAAAGGGCUACAAAUUACUAACGGAUGAACGAACCUGCCAAGAUAUAGAUGAAUGUUCAUUUGAAAGGACCUGUGAUCAUACCUGUAUCAACUAUCCUGGAAGUUUUGAAUGCUUAUGUCACAACGGUUAUACAUUAUAUGGAAUGACACAUUGUGGAGAUGUGGAUGAAUGUAGCAUCAACAAUGGAAGCUGUGAAUAUGGAUGCCUUAAUACUGUGGGAGCUUAUGAAUGUUUAUGUCCAUCUGGAAAAAAAUUACACUGGAAUAAAAAAGAUUGUGUUGAGAUGGUGAAAUGUUUGCCCGGUGCCAAUCCAGUUCCCAAGGCUCAACUGCUCUGUAGCAAAUCAGGAGGAAUUGAGAACUGUUUCUUAUUCUGUCCAUCCAACACCCUUUUCGUUCCAGAUUCAGAAAAUAGUUAUUCAGUAAGCUGUGGAGUGCCAGUACAACAGGGCAAGACACAACAAAAACGCAACAGUACACUACCAGGUUGUAUGGACAUCUUAAUGCCACCCAUCAAACAGAAGGCUCGUUUUAAAAUUAAAGAUGCCAAGUGUCAUUUAAGGCCUCGCAACAAAGAGAAGAUUAAAGAGGCUGGAAAGCAGCAAGUUCUUCUAGGUCAGUUCCCCUGUGCAGACAAUUGCCACAUAACUUUUGUAAACCUAAAAUGUGAUUCCUCUAAGAAAAAACGCCGUGGGCGAAAAUCUCCAUCAAAAGAAGUAUCCCAUAUCACGGCUGAGUUUGAAAUGGAGAUGAAGUCUGAAGAAGUCUCAGACACUUGCAAUAUUGACUGUUUGAGGAAAAGGAUGGAACAGAAACUACAAAUAGCUAUCAAAACCUUGAGAAAAUCUAUUAACAAGCAGCAAUUUUACAUUCAGUUUUCUGGGACAGAGUAUGAAGUAGCUCAGAAGGCAGCGAAAAUUGUCAGCGAAGGACAUUCCUGCAGUACUGGGCAAGUGCAGCAAGAUGGCAAAUGUGUUACCUGCAGCGUUGGCACCUAUUAUAGUGGAGAACAUAAUCAAUGCAUUCCUUGCACACCAGGAACAUAUCAAGACACAGAAGGUCAACUAUCCUGUGAACCUUGUCCAGGAAAUGAUGGGCAAGGCAUUGCAGGUGCACGAAGUGUGUUAGAAUGUGGAGGGCAGUGUUCUCCUGGGCAGUUUUCUUUUGAUGGUUUUAAACCUUGCAGACUGUGUCCCCUUGGCACUUAUCAGUCUGAACCAGGAAGGACCCUCUGUUUCCCCUGUGGUGGAGGACUGGGGACAAAAUAUGAGGGCGCAGUUUCAUUUCAAGACUGUGAAACUAAAGUUCAUUGUUCUCCUGGCCAUUACUACAACUCUACAACCCACAGAUGUAUCAGAUGUCCUGUAGGAACCUACCAACCUGAAUUUGGCCAGAAUUAUUGCAUCACUUGCCCUGGAAAUACAAGCACAGAUUUUGAUGGUUCCACUAAUGUUACACAUUGCAAAAAUCAACAGUGUGGUGGAGAACUUGGGGACUAUACAGGAUACAUUGAAUCCCCCAACUAUCCAGGAGAUUACCCAGCCAAUGUUGAAUGCACUUGGAAUAUAAGCCCACCCCCAAAGAGACGGAUCCUGAUUGUAGUCCCAGAGAUCUUUCUCCCAAUUGAAGAUGAGUGUGGUGAUGUUUUAGUAAUGAGGAAAAGUGCUUCACCUACAUCAAUUACUACCUAUGAAACCUGCCAAACCUAUGAGAGACCCAUAGCAUUCACCUCCCGGUCACGGAAGUUGUGGAUUCAGUUCAAAUCAAAUGAAGGCAACAGUGACAAAGGAUUUCAAGUCCCCUAUGUAACAUACGAUGAGGACUAUCAGCAGUUAAUAGAAGACAUCGUUCGUGAUGGACGUUUAUAUGCUUCAGAAAACCACCAAGAAAUUUUAAAAGACAAGAAAUUGAUUAAAGCCCUUUUUGAUGUAUUGGCACAUCCUCAAAACUAUUUCAAGUACACAGCACAAGAAUCAAAGGAGAUGUUUCCAAGAUCAUUUAUAAAGCUAUUGCGAUCAAAAGUUUCCAGAUUUCUACGACCAUACAAGUAG